GAGGGUGGAGAGGGGCCGAGUGAAGGAAUCUUGAGUUUUGUUUGAAGAAAAAACAAAGUCGAAAACAGGGAGAAGGGGGAUGCGCGAGCGCUCGGGAGGCUGAGUCCGGCGAGGCGCGCGGGUCGGGUUGGGUCGGGUCGGGACCAGUCGGUUCGCCAGAAGUCUCCUGACUGAAGUCCACUUCCACUUUCACACGAGAAGAGCGAACUUUGUGUGCUGUGGUGUUGCUAUUUUGACUGGACGUGCCCUGUGAGUUCCCGAAGACGCGGUCGCUGCCUUCGCCUCAGCGGAAUACAGUGCAGUGGCUCUUGUUUUCAUCAAUGAUCGCUAUUCAUUGUAGGAUUAGUUUUAAUUCCAGAAUACUUUCGCUGGGGUGUUUUAAAACUUGAUCCAAAAAGCAAACGACAGUCAACGGUGGCUCUUCAAUAUAUAUUUAUUGGACUCUGAACAGUGACUUCGCUUUCGGGACUUAUCGAAGUUUCAGUUUCAGAAGAACUGGUUUCAGUUGCGUCUUUAAACGAAAAAUAUUUUUUAAAGAUAGAUAUAUUCAGAAAUAAAAAAAAAUCCUCUGUCAUAUUUACUAUUAGAAAGUAGCCUCGCCCGGGUCCGCAGGCUGCCUCAGGUCGGUGUCCCGGCCGGGAGUCAUGCGGUGACACCCAGAGGAGCAGCCAGCGGAACCAGCUCGGGGGACCCGCUGCAGGAGAUCCGGGGAGUCGGGGGAGACCGCAUCCUUCCCAGGCGGGGCGACAAGAAGGCGCUGCGAUGCUGCGGGAUCUGUGCGGGGGCGCGGUGCUUCUGGCGCUGGUGCUCUCAUCACUGUGGACACGGGGCGGCGCCGAAACGCAGAAGGGGUUGCAGUUUGUGCAGGACCCUGGUAAUGUGACCUCAUCCCUGGGGAAGCCAGUGAGUCUGCGCUGUGAACUGCAGGGAGAAGGGGUGCAGGAUCCCCCCGAUAUUGUGUGGCAGAGAGACGGGACGCCCCUGGACCUCGCUGAUACCAACCAGAUGCACAUGUCCAUGAACGAGGACAGCUGGCUGGCUGUGAGCAUGUUAAGGAAACAAACGAUAUUACUGUUCAAGGCCAAUAUUUACUCUGAACUGGAUUACAAAUGUUUCCUCACACUCUCUCUGACACGCGCUCUCUUGUUUUCGAUCUCCCUCUCCGCAGGCAUCAACAAGACCAGCAGUUUCUCCUGUGAGGCCCACAAUCGUAAAGGGGUAGCGACUUCAGCCUCGGGGACUGUGACAGUUAUUCCUGCUCAGCCUCAGAAGCUGCAGCAGGUGUCGGCCAGUAACUCCAGCAUGGAGAUCUCCUGGGAGACUGGUUUCGGGGGGGUCUACCCUGUCGAUGUCUGCUCUAUACAGGCCGCCCCGUCCGAGAGCGACCUCAUCGCGGCACCCCGCCACCUGAUCCACAACCAGAACGUCAACGUGCCGCCGGCGCGCCAUGCGAUCGGUGGCCUCUCGCCCUUCAUGGCCUACAGGGUGCGCGUGGCCUGCCGGAGCAGCCAGGGCGCCUCCCCCUGGACGGACUGGGUGACGCUGCGCACCGCCCAGGGAGUGCCAGAUGCUGCCCCAGUCGUUUCCGUGGUGACGGUGAACAGCAGUGAGGUGAGGGUGAGCUGGAAUGCCCUGCAGGGCCGGAUCAACGGAGAGUUGCAGGGAUACAGACUGGAGUACAGCAGCCCCAGCACAGAACCGGCUGUCCAGGACGCAGGUCUGUCCACAGAGCUGUCCUUAAACCUGUCCAUCCCGCAGUCCAACCUGUCCUUCAGAGUGUGUGCCUACACGGGGGCUGGAGCAGGACCCUGGAGCCCCCCCUACACCCUCACCCUGACACACCCCGAGCUGUCAGGACUCUCCUCUCGAGACUCCUCCACUGCAGAGUUCUCAUGGCACUGGUGGUAUGUGGUCAUGGCCAUCUCGGUGGCGAUUGCCCUGGCGAUCCUGAUCGCCCUCUACGUGGCCCGCCUCCGCCGGAAAGAGACCCGCUUCGGGGAAGCGUUUGAGCCCAUGAUGGAGAGCGGAGAGCUGGUAGUGCGAUACCGAGCCCGGAGGUCCUACAGUCGCCGCACCACAGAGGCCACACUGAACAGCCUGGGGAUCAGUGACGAGCUGAAACAGAAGCUGCAGGAUGUGAUGGUGGAUCGCCACAAACUGACCCUGGGCAAAACACUGGGGGAGGGGGAAUUUGGGUCAGUGAUGGAGGGCUUACUGUCUCAGGAGGAAUUUGUGCUCAAAGUCGCUGUCAAGACUAUGAAGAUCGCGAUCUGCACCCGCAGCGAGAUGGAGGACUUCCUGCGAGAGGCGGCCUGCAUGAAGGAGUUCGACCAUCCCAACGUCAUGAGGCUGAUCGGGGUGUGUCUGCAGACUGUGGAGAGUGAAGGCUACCCCUCCCCUGUGGUCAUCCUGCCCUUCAUGAAGCACGGAGACCUGCACAGCUACCUGCUGUACUCCCGACUGGGGGACUGCCCUGUGUACUUGCCCUCUCAGAUGCUUGUGAAGUUCAUGACAGACAUCGCUCGGGGAAUGGAGUAUCUCAGCAGCAAAAACUUCAUCCACAGGGACCUGGCAGCCAGGAACUGCAUGCUGAACGAGAACAUGACGGUCUGUGUGGCAGACUUUGGCCUGUCCAAGAAGAUCUACAAUGGCGAUUACUACCGCCAGGGCCGCAUCUCCAAGAUGCCAGUGAAGUGGAUCGCCAUAGAGAGCCUGGCAGACAGAGUGUACACCACCAAGAGUGACGUGUGGUCGUUUGGUGUGACGAUGUGGGAAAUAGCCACGAGGGGCCAGACGCCCUACCCUGGUGUGGAGAACAGUGAGAUCUAUGACUACCUGAGACAGGGCAACCGGCUCAAACAGCCCCCAGACUGCCUGGACAGCAUCUAUGCCCUGAUGUUCUCCUGCUGGCUGCUGAGCCCCAAGGACCGGCCUGGGUUUGAGUCCCUGCGCUGUCAGCUCGAGAAGACCCUAGAGGAGCUCCCGGACCCUCAGGGGCCCGAAGACAUCCUGUACGUCAACAUGGAGGAGCCCGGCUCGGAGCUGGGGGCCGUCGGGGGCCGCGAGCCCUUGGGGAGCGAUGCCUUCCUCAAGACGCCGCCCCCGCCCUUCUCCCUGAGCCCGCUCAAGGGCGCCGCCCCGGUGGCCGUAGCAGAGGUGCACCAGCCGGGACGGUAUGUGCUUUGCCCCCAGCAUGAAAACCAGCGCCUGUUGUCCGAGUCGCUGGAGAGUCUGCCCCUGACCAUGGCUUCGCCUUCCCUGACCCUCGGGCCAGAGGAGUGGGAGGAGGGGCCGCAGGCCGUCAGUAAGGACGUCCCCUGCCAGUGACAUCACACCCUCACUGGGCUGUCCUCUCACUGGACACAGCCACGUGGAGACGGAGAGUGCCAGAGAGUGGUUUGUUCACAUGGUCCACAGUGAGGUCUACUGCCCUCACUGCAGUCCCCGAGUUCUGACCCCAGUGUCCUCGUCUCCCUACAGGUUUCAAAGUCAUCUGUGUGACUGGUGUGAGACACGCCCAAUAUACCACUUACAUCCCAAAUCUAUAAACAGGUAGAUCAGUGCAGACGCUGCACUUCAACUUCCAAAACAGCGUGUAUUGAAGUCAGUAUACUGCUGUACUAAGCCAGUCCACCAGCUUAAAUCAGGACUGCCAUCAUAAAUCAUUUCUGCCAGUAUAAACCAGUACAGCCCAUUUAAAUCACCUAGCUCAGACAAUAUAAAUUGGUACAACCAGUAUAAGUCAGUAUAAAUUGGUAAAACCAGUGUAAACCAGUAUAACCAACAUCAGUACAGUACUCAGUCAUAGUUACCCAGUACAUUUACUAUAAAUCAGUAAAGCCACUGUAAACCAGUUCAGGUGGCAUAAACCAUUAGAGAAUACCAACCAAAACAGUCAGUAAAAAGCAGUAUGGCCAGUAUAUUUCCUGUAGGAUGUAAACUCUGCUGGUGCCUACCUGCACUACUGGUUCUGUCUCACAGGGAUCUCAGUCAGAUAGACCAGUUCAAGCCAAGUUCUCCCACUUUUAAUCUCAGCUGGAUCAAGUGUCACUCCACACUGGAAAAAAAGUGAUUUUAGGAAUUUUUGAUUUUGCACAGAACAAGGGAAUCUAAUAUUGCUGGAGGGGCAAGUGGACCAGUCAGAAUGAUUCAAGCACAGUAUUAAUGUUUUUUUUUAUAGUGUAUAAACCUGAAAUAAUAUUUUGCACUAAUAUAAAUCUUUCUCUCUUUCUAUAUAUGUAAAAAAUUGUAUCUAUGUGUAUGUAUACUCCUAGAUGCUCUUUGGUGUUCUGUGAUGGGGAGUUUCUCCUGAUCUGAUCUGGCUCAAACAUGAAAAAGGGAAAAACAUAUUUUACUCUUUUUUGGUGUGGACUAUAUUCUUAAUGCUGACAAAUCAAAAAGAAAGCUGAAACUCCCUAUGGGGACUCUUAAAGCAUUUAUAGACACAUUUCCAACAUGCUUCAUACCGUAUCUAUGCUAAUGUACCCUCUUCCUGAAGAAAAUGUAUACCCCUUUAUUCUUGUGGACUCGUUCUCAUAUCAGAACUUGGUUUUGAAUGAUUCCUUAUUUUGAAAAUACCUGGAGCCGAUUCCCAGGUACUGUACCGUCAAGAAAAGGCAGGAUAAAAUCAGAGGAUCAGUAAAUUACAAGCAACCAAAGAUGCUUGAUGGGCCUCCUGUCCUCUUCUGUAGACUUCUUGUAAUAAACAUGGAAAGGCGAGAUGGGUGUGGCCGUAAGCAAUACAGCCACCCAGCUUGCACGCUGCAUGAAGACGGACUACAUCAGCACAUUCCCAUGGAAAGGCUCCUAACCAAUGAUACUGCAGUAUGCAAACCAGGUGGCCAUAUUGCCUAGACAGAGAACACAAACACGAAAUAACACCAUAGCCACCUAACCCAUACCCAUACCCAUAAAUGGUUCUUGUGGUCGGCAAGAGAUGUGCAGAACAGCCUUCGUGUAGCACUGCCCCACCCCCAGGCUUAGAGCUGAGUGGUAUAUCAGAUGAAAUACCCGCUCUUGCUCCAAGUGUGGUGGUGUCAGAGGGUGGAGGCCAGAGCUGGAGUCGUUUUUUUCCACUAAGCCGCUCUGCCUGGACUUUGCAAAGAUGUACACGUUUAAGAAAUUAGAAAUCAUCUGGAAACUGAGUUUGGAGUGUGGAAGAGCCCAUAGGAACACCAUUUAAAACACCCUGAGCAAGCUUGUUCUUUAGAGAUGAUAUGUAAAUGUUCUUGAAAAUGCAUCAGUAAGGCUUUCACAGUUGCCUGCCAAAAUAAGGGAUUUCUGUUUUCUCUUCAGGAGUCAACAGAGGUGUAAGCUAAACGUGGCAGAGUUGUCCGAGUCUUGUAAAGCAGUUCGGACUGUGAAAGCAGGACUGUGGUCAAACCGUGGUCAAGUGUCACGCCAUCACAACUGACUGUUAUUUCACUGACCUACUGACAUAAGAGAUGAACAGUUGUGACUUUAAAAUAAGUGGCUUUUUACUGAAGCUCUCCAUCAGAGAAAUCCAUGCUGAAAUUCAAGUUCAACAAACAGACUUGUCUUCUUUCUGCAUGCUAUGGAAUAAAAGUUGUUAACAAGCGAAUUCGAAGGUAAACUCCUAGAGCCAGAAACGAAGGAGAAGAGGUGGAAAAAAGGGACCAUGUCAAGAAAGGCAAUUAAAAAGGGAAAUGGGAAAAGAGUAAUGGUGAAAACCUGUCUAAUAACUUCAUAACCACUUAAAAGUUUGAGUUAUUUCCAUGUCAUUGGACAACUCCGUGCAAGUCUUGGGAUUUUAUCUCUUUCUAACUGUUUGUGGAUUGAUGAUGCGGUUUGUGUCGGUGUGUCUGUAUUGCACAUUCCUCUCAGUACACGGAGUGGGAGAGAUAGAAAGAGAAAGCAGGAGGUUAAUACAGGUGAAGAUACCACAGCCGGUCUGACAUUGUCCAGAUAAAUUCACCCUUUCUCAAUGAGUAAAAUAUUGUAGCUGCAUCAUACAAAUCGACUUACUGUAUAUAAACACACAAUAUAUACUAUAACUUGCUAACUUUACACAGUGCCUUAAACAAAGCCAGUAUUUUGAGUCUGACUGUUGUAUUAAAUUGUAUAUGAAGUGAGGAUCUGUUUGGGAGAAUAUACUUUUCUACUAUGGCUAUGAUUGUCAUUUGUAUUGCUGUUUUUUUUUUUAAAAGAUUUUUAUAAACUUUUUAUGAAAUCAUG